AUGGCACUCUAUUAUAUUUUGGUGAUCAGUGUCCUGCUCGUCCUCGCCCAAGGAUCGUAUUUGUCGUCGGUGAAUCAGGAAUCUGGAGUGGGAGUGCAUCACUCUGGAGUUAUUUCAUCUGGAGCUCCAGCUGGUGGAAUAGCCCGUGGCCAUUCCACUGCUCCUCAGCCCCAACGUCCCAUCUCUGGGCAUGGAUCCCUCUCUGGUUCUGUUGGAGGAUCCCGUCGAGUUGCCGCAGUGGGAGUGGCCGGAUCUCGUACUCAUGGUGGAGCUGUUCGUCGUCCGUCUGCAGGCGCUCAUGGUCGUCCAAGUGCAAGUGCAGCUGCCCAUGGAAAUGCUUACCAGAAUAGCUAUCGCAGCCAAAAGCCUUAUUAG